AGAUUCAGCAAAAAUUUUUUUUCUGAAUCCCAAAAGAAAAAGAAAAUAAAAAAAGAUAGAAGAAUGGAGCUACCUGUGAUAGAUCUGGAGCUGCACUUGAAGAUCACCAGCCAACUCGACGGUCACUCCGCCAAGGAAGCGGCUGACAUCGGGGCUGGUUUGGUAAGUUGUGCGGCGAGGGAUAACUUAAGAAUUCAUUUCUCUUUUGCCAUACCAAUCGCCAGUUUCUUGGUUUCUUUUCAUCUAAAUUGGGCUGAGAACCAACUGCUUCCGUUGGGAUCAACUGAUCCUUCAAGCAGAAAUUUAUCUGCUGACAAUGACCUAUAAGAUGCUGGAGCAGCAAAAGGUUUUUCUUCCUUGUUCCUGUUCCAUUUAGAGAGCAACAAUGAAAUGUAAACAAAUCAUUUAGGCCAAUAUCUUUUCACGGCCUUGGAUAUUGUUUGAAUUCCCUCUUCUUUGGAACAAGUUUGGAGGUUAGAGCAGGUUCUUCAUCAUGGCUGUAUGUUAAACAAGGUAUCAUCUCGAGCUGCAUGAGUGUUCUUCGUCAUGGUUGUAUAUAACAUCAAUAGGUGUUUUGAGUGUGUAGGAAAUUGCCAUAUUCUAGGUUUUCAGUCACACAUUCGAUGUGUUCUCAUCUUCUGUAGCAAAACCAACUUCUCAUUUGAGGCUGUAUCUCUUUUCUCGAAAAACAAUUUCAGCGAUUAAAGCCUUGUAUCACAA